AUGCCUGCGACUCGGGCCAGCCACUUCAAACUGCUCCAGAAAUUCAAACCAGAUUAUUCGCCUAGCGAGUUCGCUCAAUAUGAAUCACAGAGGACCGGCAUGACGGUGGUCGUCAUAGAUCAGAAAGGUCCCAAGGUGAACGGAUACUUCGUCCUAGCGACAGAAAUCCAUGACGACUCUGGGGCCCCUCACACAUUGGAACAUCUGGUCUUUAUGGGAUCACGAAACUACAGGUAUAAAGGUUUCCUUGACAAGCUUGCGACGCGGUUUUACUCAAACACCAAUGCCUGGACGGCCACGGACCAUACAGCGUAUACAUUGGACACGGCUGGCUGGGAGGCUUUCUCGCGCAUGCUCCCUGUCUAUUUGGAGCAUGUAAUUGCUCCGACUCUGACGGAUGAAGGUUGCUACACGGAGGUUCACCAUAUCGACGGUACCGGUAAUGAUGCCGGUGUCGUGUACUCGGAAAUGCAGGGGGUGCAGAAUAAUGCCGCGGAGCUCAUUGACCUGGAGGCACGCCGCUUGACCUACCCUGAAGGAGUGGGAUUUCGCUACGAGACAGGUGGAAUGAUGGAGCAGCUGCGUGUUCUUACGGCCGACAGAAUCAGGGCAUUUCAUCGUGAAAUGUAUCAGCCUAAGAAUUUGUGUCUAAUUAUCACUGGUGAAGCCGACCAUGAUGACUUGCUGGAAACGCUGGAUCGAUUCGAAGACACCAUUCUUGAUGUCAUUCCCAGUCCGGAUUCGCCCUUCAAGCGGCCUUGGGUCGAUUCAAAGCAAGCUCCUCCUUUAUCACAGUCAGUGGUCAAAACGGUAGAGUUUCCAGAAGAGGACGAGUCUUAUGGCGAACUAGAGAUUCGGUUUCUGGGUCCAGAUUGCACCGACCCUGUACAAACCGGUGCGGUUAAUGUUACCCUACUUUACCUGGCAGGUUCGUCUGCGUCUCUUUUGGAUAAUAUUCUUGUCGAGAAGGAGCAGCUUGCAAGCGCUGUUUAUUACGCUACAGAAGACCGUCCUAGUCUCGAGAUUCGCUUCACUUUGACCAGUGUGGAGACGAAGAAGCUGGCUCAAGUUGAGAAGCGGUUCUUCGAAGUCCUAAAGGAUGCUAUGAACAAGGACUUGGACAUGAAGUACUUGCGCGAAUGCAUUGAUCGUCAAAGACGAACAUGGAAGUUUUCCACGGAAAGUUCCGCAUCAUCAUUUGCAGAGUAUGUCAUUUCGGAUUUCCUCUUCGGAAAGAAAGAUGGCUCGACUUUGCUAGAUGUCACUUCUCUUAAGGAGUAUGAAAUCCUAGAAAAGUGGACGCAAGAUGACUGGCGUGCGUUCAUUAAAAAAUGGAUUUCGGAUGCACCUCAUGUUACCAUCCUGGGCACUCCAUCCUCUAAGAUGUCCGAAACGCUAAAGAGAUCUGAAGAAGCUCGCGUUGCGGCGCAGAAAAAACAACUGGGUGAGAAUGGCUUGAAAAAGCUUGCUGAGAAGCUUGAGAGGGCAAAAGCUGAGAACGACAAGGAAAUCCCGCGGGAGAUGUUGGAGCAGUUCAAGAUACCCGGAAUUGAGUCCAUCCAUUUCGUGGAGACAAUGACUGCGAGAUCUGGAGCUGCUCUACAACUCGGGCACCAAAACAACAAAGCUCAACGAGUUGUGGAUGCUGAUGGAUCAGAUCUUCCUGUAUUCAUCCAUUUCGAACACAUUCCCAGCAGCUUUGUUCAGCUGUCGGUCCUCAUCUCAGCAGAAUCUGUCCCGGUGCAGCUGCGCCCACUCUUGUCUGUCUACACAGAAGCCUUCUUUAACCUCCCUGUUGAGCGCGAUGGCAAGAUCAUAAACUUUGAGCAGGUUGUUGUCGAGUUGGAACGAGACACUGUUGGGUAUAGCAUUGAGGGUGCCAGAGGUCUCGGCAACUCAGAAAUGCUGCGCAUCUCGUUCCAAGUUGAACUUGAGCAGUACAGCACAGCGGUUGCCUGGCUGCGGGAAAUCUCAUGGCACACGGUCUUCGAUGUUGAACGGCUCCGAACAAUCACAAGCAGACUUCUUUCCGACGUCCCUGAUUCUAAGCGAAGUGGCGAUGACAUGCUUGCGGCCGUCCAUGUCAUGGUUCACUAUGCGGCCGAGUCUAUUGUCCGCGCGCGCAGCACUCUAGUGAAAGCACGGUACCUCAAGAAAAUCAAACGGCAAUUGGUAAAGGAUCCUACCGUAGUUGUUGCACGGAUGGAAGAGAUCAGAAACGCUCUUUUCCAAUUCGAAAACAUCCGGAUCCUGGUCAUCGCCGAUCUUGAGAAACUGCCUAACCCAGUUUCAACGUGGAAGCCGUUUGCUGAGCGGCUAGGCGUCAGUAAACCUCUCAAACCUAUCACAUCCAGGAGGUCCCUGCUCAGCCCUGCAGGCAAGAAGCUAGGCGGAGAAGCGUACGUUGUCCCCAUGCCGACUAUUGAUUCUUCCUUUGCCUACGCCACAGCACGGGGCCUUGACUCUUAUGAUGACCCAAAGCUUCCUGCGCUCCUUGUGGCAAUUGCAUAUAUGAAUGCCGUUGAAGGACCUCUUUGGGUUGCGGUUCGCGGCAAGGGACUGGCGUAUGGUACGACUUUCGCCUACAACAUAGAUACGGGUUUCGUCAACUUUGACGUUUACCGAUCGCCCAAUGCCCACAAGGCCUUCGAGUCAAGCAAGGAUAUUGUACAAGCACAUCUUUCUGGGGAGGCCCCCUUUGACCCGUUGAUGUUUGAGGGCGCAAUCAGCAGCAUUGUGGUCACUUUCGCAAAUGAACAAGUAACCACCGCCAAUGCAGCUCAGGGAAGCUUCAUUCGUCAGGUUGUGCGCUCCUUGCCAAGUGAUUACAAGGAGAGAAUCCUCCGGGAGGUCCGUGAUACCAGCGUUGAGGAUGUCAAGAGAGCACUGCGCGAGAUAAUCCUUCCUCUUUUCUCAUCUGACACGGCGAACAUUGUGAUUACGUGCACAACUGUGCUUCGAGAGACGAUAGAGAGUGGUCUCAAGGAAUCCGGUUUCUCUCCAAAGGUCCAGCCGCUCAAGGAAUUUGAGGACGACUAUGGACUCAAAGUCGGAGACGGCAGCGAUGCAGACGACGACGAUGAUGACGAUGACGACGAUGAUGAUGAUGAGGAGGAAGGUGAGGAAGACGAGUCAGAAUCGGAGGAGGAAUCUGACAAUAACGAUGACGAGUGAUACUAUUGUAACACGGAGCGAGGCUGGAUGGUACGGUCUAAGACUAAGGACUGUCGUCUGUAUAGAGCAAAACUAUUUCAGUAGAGGUGCACGUCUAGACGAGCUCAUCUGGAGUGACUGUGAUUUCCACCAGUUUGUCAGAUAUAGUCGUCAGUUUAUAAACCCACGUCGCCGGCCAAUCGGU